AUGCAUCACACUGAGAAUUUCGCUAAAACGGCAUCAGGAACCGACUACAAUGGUCUGAAUCAGCAAAUACCGCCUGAAUUGCCCUUUGAUCAUUCCGCAACUGAAUCUACAUUGGUGCACGACGAUCACGACACGAACGUGAAGGUGCCGAUAAAUGGCGGUGGUGAAAAGGGAUUGGACAUCGAAGAUGAUGAAGCUGAAGUCGCUGUAAAGUUGACUCGUUUCGAAUUUGUGAUGAUCUUGUUGUCUCUUGCUGCUGCUGUGCUGCUCGCGGCUCUUGAUCAAACUAUUAUAUCCGUCGCCAUUCCUGCAAUCGCUACGGAAUUCAACGGUUUAGAGAAAAUCGUUUGGGUUGGAUCUGGCUACUUCUUAACUUCAACACCAUUCAUUCCAUCGUACGGAAAGCUGGCAGAUGUUUUCGGACGUAAAGCCACCUUCCUUGGUGCAAUCAUAAUCUUUGAGGCUGGUUCCAUGUUAUGUGGUGCAGCACCGAGUCUUGAUGUGCUAAUUGUUGGACGAGCUAUUGCUGGAUUAGGUGGAGGAGGUAUUUUCUCCAUCUGUAUCAUCAUUAUUGCUGAUCUGGUACCGCUCAGAGAGCGUGCUCAGUAUUCUGGCGUCAUCGGAGCUGUGUUUGGUCUUGCUAGUGUCAUUGGUCCUUUAGCUGGAGGAGCACUUACUGACCAUGUCAGUUGGCGUUGGUGCUUCUAUAUCAAUGGGCCUAUCGGCGUUGUUGCUAUGGGGAUCAUUAUUGUGUUUUUGAGACUACCUCCUCCAAGUGGAGAUCUAUGGUCGAAAUUCAAGAAGAUUGACUGGAUUGGUACAUUCUUGUUGGUUUGUGCUGUCGUUUUCCUGCUAGUACCUCUUCAAUCUGGUGGUUCCAUCUACGCAUGGAAUAGUCCAAUUAUUAUUGUCCUCUUCGUGCUUGGUUUCAUCUUUGUCAUUGGCUUCAUUUUGUGGGAGAUGUACGCAGCUGCUGAUCCAGUAAUCCCAAUGAGCUUGUUCAGAAACCGGUAUCUGGUCUUCACCUACGCCAACACUCUCUUUGCUGGCAUGGCAUUCUUUGCUUUGAUUUAUUACAUACCAUUGUACUUUGAAACUACGAAUGGAUUGAGUGCUACUCAAGCUGGUAUCUCUACAUUGCCCUUCAUCCUGGGUGUUGUUGUGUUCAGUAUUGUAUCAGGAAUUCUCGUCACUGCUACCGGACAUUAUACUCCACUAGGACUAGUCGGGUGUACAACUGCUGCUAUUGGCGCCUACUUGAUAUCCACUUUGAACGAGAACAGUGGACGGGCUGCGCAAAUAGGCUACCUGCUUAUCGCUGGAUGUGGUCUAGGAUUGACCAUUCAAACUACCAUCAUCGCUUCUCAAGCUGCCGUAUCUGAAGACUUGCUGGCCAUCGUAACAGCCAACAACCAAUUCUGGCAAGUUACUGGAGCCGUGUUAGGUCUCGCAAUCACAUCAACUGUCUUCAACAACAAACUGUUGACAUUCAUUGGUGAAGAUGCUCCAGGCCUACUCAACCCAUCAAUCAUUGCACAGAAUCCGGCUGCAAUCAGGAAUCCAAUGUUUGUACCGCCAGAGUUACAAGCUGCUACGAUACAUGCUUUUAACAGGGCGUUAUCACUGAUUUAUUUAUCUGCUCUGCCGUUUGCUGGGUUUGCUGCUCUAUUGUCAUUAGGAAUGAAAUGGCAGCGUAUUCCAAAGGGUCAAGAGGUACAAAUGGUGGCUGGCUAA